AUGAUAUUUCAUGGUGGUCUCGGUGUACAAUUGUCGCAAUUCAAUUCACCUCAUACUCAAACUAAUCACCAAGAGCGACUCAAUCGACAAUUUGAUUUAUUGAAUUCUUAUACCAAUUCUUCAUGGCAAUUCCAAGGAUCAGUAUUAGGAGAAUCCAAUAGUUCCAAAGUAUCGGCGGACAAUAUAAUUGAGAACCGACAGAACCGACGGAUUGGGUGUCCAACGGCUUCUUCCACCUCAGUACAUAAUACGGCGUUUUCCGGCGCAUUAAUUGCGACGAUGCCUCCAAAACGAAAUGCUUCAGGUGAACCAAAUGGCUCAAAUGCGCCGGUUGCUAAGCACAUUAAAUCGGAACAACAUCCUGAAGAAUUCUCAAAUACCGUAAAGAAGAAGUUGUUGGCGUCAACGAGAACUGGUCAAGCUUGCGACCGUUGUAAGGUUCGUAAGAUAAGAUGCGAUGGCUUGGCAGGCGGUUGCUCGCCAUGUAUUCAAAACCAUAACGAAUGUAAAACGACAGAUAGAAUAACAGGUCGUGCGACAUCGCGGGGUUAUGUCGAGGGAAUUGAACAACAGAAUCGAGACUUGCACCUUCGAAUUCAGGAAUUGGAGCAUCGAUUAAUGCAAAGCGGUGCGGAUAUCAAACCUGCGAAUGGUUAUCAGGAUUCAGCAUCGGGACAAUAUGGUUAUGGUCAAUCGUCAAAUGGCAUGCAAUCAACAUGGAACACGACGGGUCCAGCCUAUACCUCACCAACUUCAACUACGGCAAACAAUGGCCAGCAGCAAGAAACUAAUAUGUUUCGCGCAUUGCCUGCGUAUCGCGCUGGAUGUAUGGGUGAUAAUUAUCUCGGAGUAUCGCCUGGAAGUUCUCACUUGAGCGCAAUCAAAGGGACGGCUUUGUCGAUUUUGGGCAUGGAAAUUGAUAUUGCGGACUUUCGUUCAACAGACAUGGAUGAACCAGACCCUUCGAUUUUCCAUCCUCAACUAUACAAUAAAUCAUAUCAGUCGUUUCUUCAAUCGGCUUGGAAUGUAAAUCCAAGGAUUGAAAAGGUUGAAUUGCCAGCACGUUCAGAGGCCAUCAUUUAUGCGGAAUGGUAUUUUCGUGUUAUUAACCCGUAUUGUCCUCUACUCCAUAGAGGUACUUUUAUGAGAUUGUUAUCUCGCAUGUAUGAUGAUCCUACCUUUCGCCCCACCACUGCUGAGAAUGUCAUUGUUCAUAUGCUCUUCGCCAUCAUGUUCUUUCAGUAUGCAACCAGAAAUUGGGAAGAUGCGGAACAACAAGCAAGUUUGAAUUCUCAAUCAAAUACGCAUUACCAUUAUUGUCUUGGAAUGUUUUAUCAACUGGCAUGUAGUCACACGGCACAAGAUGUUCAAGCAUUGGCUUUAAUCUGCUUGCAUCUUCGAAACUUUCCUAAGCCGGGAGCCAGUUGGGUGCUUGCCAGAAUGGCAAUGACUCUUGCCAUUGAGCUUGGUCUUCACCGAUCAAUUAAACGAUGGGCACCUGAAUCGAACACGCUUAGUGAACUCGACAUCGAAAUGCGCAGACGAACAUUUUGGGUCAUCCUUGCUGUCAAUGUUACUCUUAGCGGCAAGCUUGGCCGUCCAAUGCCCCUUCGAAAUGAAGAUUACGAUGUUGAAUGUCCGUCACAGAUUGAUGAUGAUUAUAUUCCUGGCGAGGGCAUAGAUCCACCUAAUCCAAUAAAAUGUAAUCAUGAGAUUGGAAUCCAAGGUUUCAAACUUAUACCAUGCUAUUUGGAGCUUUAUUCAACCAUCUAUUCGAUAUCUCGUCAACCGAGUACCUAUGUUGCAACUGUCAACAGAUUGGAAGCAAAGAUCCGUGCUUGGAAAGAUGACUUACCCCCAGAGCUUGUGAACGGGGAGUUGGGACAUAACGAACAGGAAGGACGAGUAUUUGCUCUCUAUGCCCAAUCCUGGUCUCAAGAGUUCCGUCUUCUUCUUCGCCAUCCAUCAGUUUCUAUGACCACAGAUCCAGACUUCAAUGCGGAGAGUAUGAGAAUUUGUGUAGAGUCUUCUCGGCAAAUGUUAGGAGUUGUUCGCCAACUGCAGAAGUACAAGAGUCUUGAUACUACCUGGUACAAUACCUCAGUCUUCGUUAUGGCACUAACUACUACACUCUUUGCUCAAUGGGAGAAGCGUGGAGGGACCUCAUCAGCUGAUUUGGCUGCAUUGAGAGAGGAAAUGGACAUUUGGUUGGAUAUUAUGGGUGAUAUAGGUUCACUUCUUGGUUCCGGAACACGGCUCAAGAAAGCUGUGCAAGUUGUCACCGAUGGAACACUCGGAUUAUUAAGUCGAAAUUUGCCUGCUAAGAAUGACAAGAGUUACACUUCGAAUAACAAUGGCCAGGAAGAAGUUAGAUCUUCGGAGCAAACAUCGAAUACCAAUGGGACUAAUGGUUACCCGGUGACUGCCCAAAAUUAUAAUUAUAAUGAACCAACUUCUGCCACGGGGAGUGCGCCUGCACCUAACUACUCCCCCUCCGAAGGACAAAUGUCUCAUCAACAGACACCAUAUCCAGCUGCAACUCAGUACUCACCAUAUCUCGAAUCGGCUUCUAAUACUUCUGAUUUGACAUAUGCGCAACCAGAGAAUCAAGGCUAUGGAGGGUACUCGGCCCCGACUAGUGAUUCGGUAGAAGCACCAUUAAUUGCUGCGUUAGCUGCUCAGGCAAGUCAGGUCGCCCCUAAUACAUGGCAUAGAAAUUCGACUCAGGUCAACACAGCGCCAACACAAGCCUGGCAACAUUGGACAUCUACGGUCACAGGGAACCUUGAGCCACAAGAAUGUUACUCGGCGAGUGCUCUAAUGCAAUUAGGAGGAAGAGAUAUGAGUAAUGGUGACACAACACAAUUGAAUACAUCGAUGGGCGAUGUUCAAAGUGGAGGAGUUGGUGAACCAGGACAUUUGGGUGGUCAAGUUUCGGGAGCUAUCGCUGGUGCGCCCACUUGGCCGCUGAAUCUUUUUGAUAUUGGGGUGAAUGGUUCAACGGGUUAA